GACGUCCGCUUCAAGACUGACGUGCAUCUUAUUUAAAGGAGAUCCCAUCGAAGAACUCGACGACACUUUCUCAGGAUUCGGAGACAGAAGGAGGCAAGAUGACCACCUACACGGACAAGGGGCCCAAGCCUCUCGCAGGGAAGUUUCGCAGCUUCGAUCACCUGAGAUUCUGGGUUGGCAAUGCUAAACAGGCAGCGGGAUUCUACUGCACGAGGAUGGGGUUCUCACCCAUGGGGUAUCGAGGCUUUGAGACUGGCUCGAGAAGGACUGCAGCUUAUGCCGUGAAACAAAAUCAGAUCGUGUUCGUCUUUGAGGCAGCCUAUGAGCCGGACGAUGAAGAAAUGGCCAGCCACUUGUCUCGCCAUGGUGAUGGGGUUCGGGAUGUUGCUUUCAACGUAGAGGACAUCGAUGCUAUAGUGAAGGUCGCCAAGGAGAGAGGUGCCAAAAUCGUGAGAGACUUGUGGGAGGAGAAGGAUGACUUCGGCACUGUACGCUUCGCUACUGUUCAAACUUACGGUGACACUCUUCACACGUUUGUGGACAGAACGAAUUACAAGGGGCACUUCUUGCCAGGAUUCAAGAAACAGGCUCCAGAGGUCUUCUCCAAGUUGCUGCCAGCCACCGAUCUGCAGUUCAUCGAUCAUGUGGUGGGAAACCAGCCGGAUGGUGAAAUGGAGAGUGUCGCGAAAUGGUAUGAGAAGUGUCUGCAGUUUCACAGAUUCUGGUCAGUCGAUGACACCCAGCUGCACACCGAAUACUCCGCACUGAGGUCCAUCGUUAUGACCAACUGGGAGGAAACCGUGAAACUCCCUAUAAACGAGCCAGCACCCGGCAAGAAGAAAUCUCAGAUACAAGAGUACGUAGAAUACUACGGAGGAGCUGGGGUUCAGCAUAUAGCACUGAAUACAAAUGACAUUAUCGCCUCGGUGAAGAACUUACGAGCGAGGGGAAUAGAAUUUCUUGACAUACCCGAUAGUUAUUAUGAUAUGUUGAAAGAAAAGCUGAAGAUCAGUGCUGUCAAAGUCACCGAAGACUUGAGUGUACUUCAGCAACUGAAGAUCUUAGUGGAUUACGAUGAGAAUGGCUAUCUCCUGCAAAUAUUCACGAAAAACAUGCAGGACAGACCGACGUUAUUUAUCGAAGUGAUUCAACGACACAAUCAUAAUGGGUUCGGAGCUGGGAACUUCCAGGCUCUGUUCGAAGCAAUCGAGUUGGAACAGGCAAAGCGUGGCAAUCUGUAAAACAAAUAAUUCUAGUGAUCAAUAUUUUUAUUUAACGAGUACUCUGUCACCGCAGUGUCUCUUUGGUGUGAUAAGCCAAACCUAUAGAAACGUCAACGAUUUGGAAAAUAAGAAAAAAUAUCUUGUGAUUACUAAUGGAUUAAGAGUCUAGUACAUAACAAAUAUGGUUUGUAUAGCGACGCAUGGUUACAUCGAUGAAAUCAAUUAUUUUUUAAUAAACUUCCUUGCGUUGAGGAGAAA